AUGGCUCAAAAGAAUAUCGUGGUAAUCGGGGCUGGAGUUGCCGGGUUAACGACGGCCUUGCUAUUGUCAAGGAAUGCUCGGUACAAGAUUGUCGUGGCAGCAAAGCAUAUGCCUGGAGACUAUGAUAUUGAAUAUGCGUCUCCCUGGGCGGGCGCCAACUACAUGCCCGUCGGCGCUCGAGGCUCCAAGGCAGCAGAGUACGAGAAGGACACAUGGGCUCCGCUGGAAGACCUAGCACAGAAUCACCCAGAGGCCGGAGUUCACUUUCAGGAAUGCCAAAUCCAUAGUCGUGCGAAAGAUGCCGGCUCUGCAACUGCUGACUGGUUCAACGAACUGCUUUCUCCUGAUGCAUGGUUCAAGGACGUGGUCCCGAAUUUCCACCAGCUGCCCGCGAGCUCCUUUGGUCCUGGCAUCAAUGCUGCGACAUCAUUUACGUCAGUCUGCAUCAACACGGCCAUCUACCUCCCCUGGCUGGUCUCGGAGUGUCUGAAGAACGGCGUGACAUUCAGACGAGCGGUAUUUCAGCAUAUUGCCGACGCCGCUUCUCCGAGUCUUCACCACGAACGCAAAGUUGACCUCUUGGUGAAUUGUACGGGCCUCAACGCCUCCAAGCUCGGUGGUGUUGAGGACAAAUCGGUCGUGCCUGCCAGGGCCCAGGUUGUGAUUGUCCGCAAUGAUGCCGGCAAAAUGCUUGCCACCUCUGGAACAGACGACGGCGAUGAUGAAGCCUGUUACAUCAUGACCCGAGCCGCUGGAGGCGGCACAAUCUUGGGUGGCUGUUAUCAAAAGGGAAACUGGGAGUCUCAGGUUGACCCCAACCUAGCCGUCAGGAUCAUGAAAAGAGCCGUUGAUAUAUGUCCUUCCCUGACCGGAGGCAAGGGUGUCGAGCAUCUGGACAUCAUCAGACACGGCGUCGGACUGCGGCCGGUACGUGCAGGCGGCACGAGAGUUGGAAAGGAGCGUAUUCACGGCGUCUGGGUGGUGCACAACUAUGGUGCCGGCGGUGCAGGUUACCAAAACUCAUAUGGCUGUGCGAAUGCCGCCGUCAAAUUGGUUGAUCAGGCACUAGACGCUUCCGCAAAACUUUGA